UGAGCAGUGAACAACAUCCAGGGAAACCCGGGAGAUAAACUAAAGGCAAACCACGUCUGUCUGUUUCUGCUCCCCAUUCGGCAGCCGCUAAACUCCUGAAGCUUCCUCCGUCUGCAAACAAGACACCAAACUGUGAACAAUGAAAGUGGCCGUUGUUUUUGUUCUGCUCUUCGCCACAGUUCUCUGCCGGCCGGCGAGAAAACCUUCUGACAGCAGUUCAGAGAGCUCUGAGGAAGUGGUGAGACGACCAGCAGCUCAGCCCAUCAGGAAACAGGCAGCAGUGGUUCCUCAGACCCGUGCAGCACCUGUACAGAAUGUUGUAGCAGCAGCAGCAGCAGCAGGAGCUGCCGGCUCAGAUGAGAGCACAGAGAGUUCAGAUGAAGACAAGCAGGCAGCAGCAGAGGCUCCAGUAGAAGUAAGAUCUGACAGCACGGACACAGCUUUGUCCUCAGACACAGCCUCUGUCAACAGCAAGGACAAUGAAGACAGCAAUGAUGAUGAUGAUGAUGACGAUGAAGCAGAGGAGAGUGAGACCGAGGACAAUGAAUCCAGCGACAGCUCCGAGUCGGGCGAGUCCUCCACCCCUGCUCCCACCACGGCCAACCCUGUGGUCGUCACAGAUGGACCCGUGGCUGAAACCACUCCUGAUCCCAUCGUGCCUACCAUCGUCACCGACACGGACGAAGCCCGCGGUGACAACCUGGGAGGCUACCCCAGCGACUACAAGUCCAUUGUUUACGUGGAGGACAAAUCCUACCAGAAGGUUCCUGCUCCCUACAAGUCCUACGAGCUCGUCGGCACAGGAAAGAAGAUGGCCUAUGACAUGAAAGACGGCAAUGAGGUGGAGAAGUCACUGCAGGUGUACAAGGUACAGGCUCUUCAGGUCCACUCCGAUCUUCUGGAGGAGGACACCAGCACCCCCGAAGUGGAGAGCCAGGGCCUGGACACCUCCUCCGGCACCUCUCAGGACGUCAGUCCCCGCCAGGCAUCCCUCCCAGAGGAGGAGGAGAGCGCUAGCACAAGCGAUUCCACCAACAGUGAGAGCUCCAGCACUCCAGAGGAAGAGGAGGAGGAGGAGAGCACCAGCAGCACCAGUGACAGUACCAGCACCAGCGAGGAGUCAGAGGACGAGGAGAGCCAGAGCAGUGAGGAGGCCACAGCCACGCCCGGAGCAGCUGACAGCGAAUCAGAUGAGAGUGAUAGCACUGAGGGUGACUCAGAGGAGGGGGUGCAACCUGAGACCAUCACUGACAUGCCAGUGGUCAUCACUGCCAAAUAAGCCCCACCCAUCCAGGAAAUGGAGUGGUCAUGUCAGAGAGAUUCGUAUAAAGAGUGCAUGCUGCAUCCAGGUGCAACCCCCCC